AUGAGCAGUGCGGGGUUUAGGGCUUCAAUUCCGACCAGUGUGAGGAGGACGAUCCAGAACAUAAAGGAGAUCACGGGCAAUCACAGUGAAGAAGACAUCUAUGCAAUGCUCAAGGAAUGUUCCAUGGAUCCCAACGAGACCGCUCAGAAGCUUCUCCUUCAGGAUUCACAGUCUUCACAUGGCUUUUCCAUGUUAUGUGCUGUGUGUAAGGCUAGUUUGGAAAUAGGACUUUUGGCUGUAUUUUUCUACCUUGGAGUAGCUUCUCUUGAUGUGUUUAGAAUAGCAGCUACUAUGAUCCUUGUCACACUAUGGCUCACUAUUGUGGUGCACAAUGCCACAAAACGUGAUGACCACUAUUUUCAGGACAUAGUAAGGGCCACUGUAUUUGGGAGAAGCUCAGAGCGAAUUUGGGACAAAGGAAAGGCCAUUGCAUCUGGAAUAUGCGUGGGGCUUUUACAUUUUGAAAAAGAAAAACCUGGGACCAGUGCAUUUGGAAGACCAUCGAGGUUAGUGCAUCUGGGAAAACACCGAGUUCAGUGCAUCAAGGUGAAAGCUGAGGCUAGUACAUCUAAGGCUAGUACAUUUAGAGUUUUAGGAAAAUGCCAGCCAAUGCAUCUGGAGCUAAGCCAAUAUAGUGAUGCCUUAGGACUCUCAUUUUUGUUAAAAAAAUAUGGAACUUUUGCUGAGGUCAAUGCAUCUGGGAAAAUGUUGGAAUCAAUGCUUUUGGAUCAAAGUUGGGGCCAAUGGAUCUAA